CGCCACCCCUCGUACUUUCUCUCUCUAAAAAUCUCCCCAUUUCUGCGAGAAAUCGCUUUCAUUCUCGCCCGCCUCUUUCUCUCUCUAUCUCCAUCUCUCUCUCUCUCUCUCCUGGAUCAAGCCGAAAUCUCUCUGCUCAAUCCCUCUCCGAUCCGAUCUCCGCCGCCGCCGCCGCCGCCGUCGCUGGACCUCGAUCUCCUCUCCUCUCCUCUCCUCUCCUCCGCCGCGGAGCUCUCCGGCGAUCCCGCCUCGCUUCGGCUUUAGGGUUUUCCCCUUUCCCCCGGGGUGGUCGCGAUUUCGGCGAGGCAUUGUUUCGGAUUUCGCGGGGGGAUCCAUGGGUCAACAGUCGCUGAUCUACAGCUUCGUGGCGCGGGGGACGGUGAUCCUCGCCGAGUACACGGAGUUCACCGGCAAUUUCACCUCCAUCGCCUCCCAGUGCCUCCAGAAGCUCCCCGCCACCAACAACAAGUUCACCUACAACUGCGACGGCCACACCUUCAACUACCUCGUCGAGAACGGAUUCACCUAUUGCGUAGUUGCAGCUGAAUCUGCUGGCAGACAGAUUCCCAUUGCUUUCUUGGAAAGAAUCAAGGAUGACUUCAACAAAAGAUAUGGUGGAGGAAAAGCUACAACAGCUGCUGCCAACAGCCUGAACAGAGAAUUUGGUCCCAAGUUGAAGGAACACAUGCAAUACUGCGUUGACCAUCCCGAAGAAAUCAGCAAGCUUGCGAAAGUGAAAGCUCAAGUAUCUGAAGUUAAAGGUGUUAUGAUGGAAAAUAUUGAAAAGGUUCUUGACCGGGGUGAGAAGAUUGAGCUGCUGGUUGAUAAAACUGAGAACCUUCGCUCUCAGGCACAAGAUUUCAAGCAACAGGGAACAAAGAUAAGGAGGAAGAUGUGGCUUCAGAACAUGAAGAUUAAGUUGAUUGUCUUGGGGAUCAUCGUUGCCUUGAUACUUAUCAUUAUUCUAUCCGUUUGCCAUGGAUUCAAAUGUUAGUCGCCAGAAUUUCACGGGUACUUCCCAACUUGCUGAUUGCAGCUGUUUCUGGUUUGACUGCUUCACUUGCGGAGGUCAUGGGCCAUCUCGUUCUCUCCCUUUCCUCCCUCUCUGUCUCUCUCAAUUUUUGGGUUUUUCCCUUUUCCCCUUUAGCCUUUCUCUCUUUACCCCGAUGGCAGUCUUUUCUUCUGGGGCAAGCGUCUUGUAUCGUGAAUUUGGUUGUAUGUGGUGGUAGUUGAUUUCAGGUAGAUAAUUUCCUACAUAUGGACAUAUUCUCCCCAACUUUUAUUUCGUAUAGUAUUUGAAAAUCUUUAAACGCUUGAUGAUUGGACACUGUUUGUCCAUAAUGAAGCUCCUCUCUUUUUGCCUCAUCA